CGGCUAUUACAUACAACCCAUUCCUCUACCUUCUUGCCACAUUGUAUCAUUCAUAUACUCUAUGCUUGGCUACUAUGACAAUCUAAACAUCAAUUAUUCAUUGUUUUUAUGUCACAGUCACUUGUUCUAACUUCCAUCCUUCCCCCAUAUUCUCUAACUGGCAUCUAAUCACAGUUUUAAUAGCUGACAGGGCUCAUAUUUAGAAGCUAAGCAUAUUGUUGUUGCAUCUCUACUCUUUAAGAGGUGAGUUUCAGUCAAGGAUCCAAUAGUGUAAAUUCUGACCCCUGUCUGCAUAUUUGAGUUAUUGUUCUUGGUUACAUUAUUCACAUAUUUCACCUCGGCUCAGUUCAGCACUCGAUGCCAGGGACAGAUCAGAAAGUGUCAUUUCUAGGGGUAAUUUCUCAAUGGGGUAUUUCGAGAAACCCGACUUCUGAGCCUACCGCAUCCGAUCACGGAAAAAGAGAUAUCCUGCAAAGAUCUCAAGGAGAAGACCACACCGUCACUCGGAGGUAUAGACUGAACCAGCGCCAUUAUCCUAAGGAUUGUCCAACAUUGAGGGUGAGGUGGUUUUAUGCAGUUGACUCUCCGAAGCGGAAACCGACACUGUCGGACCACAAGAAAGACAAUCAAAAACCUCUCCCUUCCCCUAAAAAAUUUGUUCCAUUCUCUUCCGGCGAUUCCCAGUCUAUUGAAAUUGCAUUCCAAAAGCUUUCUGAUCUGGAGGACAGACCUGGGGAUGCGCAAUUUAGUGAAUCCCCCAAAGACAUUGGCGAUGAACGUGUCCGGGUCCCUGUCAACGAAGAUUACCUUUUUGAUGUCGAUAUUGAGCACAGGGAGCUCAGCCCUGCAUAUUGGGUCGGCCCUGUGUAUGAAGUUCGUCGUGGAACAUGGUUUUUCCAAGAAGGCUCUACUUUCAAACCCUGUGAGGAGAAUCUUGCCACCCAACUGGAAGAAGGAUUCUUAAAGGUGAGACCAUGGCGGUUCGAGAGUGCCCAAAAGACCUUGUCUCGGGCUACAUCUAGUGCGAAAGGGAAUGAGCACCAUGGACUCAAUGUGAGCAAUCCCGAGUCAGUGUCUGGUGCGCCUAUAUCAACAAAGAUUACAUCUGCCUGCAAUAGCCCCGAGGGUUCCGCACCUAAUGACGUUACUCCCCUGUCUGCGAUAGAGCCCCAGAGUUAUCGCCUAUUUGGUGCCUACAUGAAUAGUAUAGUAACCUACCAGGAUUCCUCAACCGCGUGGUUGACAAGUGACGAUUUCAUGUCCCGCGUGAGCACUACAGUAUACCAGAAACUUGGUGGUGUUCCGGGAACAAAGAUCGUUCGGGGUUUCAGUGAGACCAAAAGACUAAAAGAGCCGACAGAGACAAAAAAUGCUAUUCGAAAGCCCCCGAGGAAAUGGAAGAUACAGCACGAGACCUUUAUUAACACUCAAACAGUCUCUACGAACAUCGAGCAAAAAAUUGACUCUUGCCCUCCGCGGCCACGUAUUCCCAGUGACGGAGGUCCCGAAAAUCGGAGUGUCGCGGAGGAAAACCCGAGAACAACACUUGAACGGCAAAUGUCGUCUCUUGCAGGGGAGCCGCAGGAUAUGGCUGAUAUUGAGGAGCAAGCCCGUAGACAAGAGGAAAAGGAGAUGGAAGACUCUAGGGAAGUUGACAAUGAAGAUAGGGAACGGGAAAUUGACCACCUGGUUCUUGUCACGCAUGGCAUUGGCCAGCGACUUGGGUUGCGGCUAGAAAGUAUCAAUUUCAUACACGACGUGAAUUCCCUGCGCAAGACGUUAAAGAGUGUAUAUAAGGCAUCUCCGGGCCUUCAGACACUUAACUCUUCAUUUGCAGACAACAAGAGGAAUUGCCGCGUCCAGGUUCUACCAGUAUGCUGGCGACAUCUGCUCGACUUUCCCUACCGAGGAUUUAGGCAGACUCGCAAGGAACAUGACCUUGCUGACGCAGAUUAUUUGGAAGAUGAUGUGUACCCUACAUUAGCGGACGUCACCCUUGAAGGCGUGCCUUCUGUUCGAAACCUCAUUUCCGACCUAGCAAUGGAUGUGCUCCUUUAUCAGAGCGCGUAUUGUGACCACAUUGCCACCAUAGUGCAACAAGAAUGCAAUCGAAUUUUCAAACUCUUUAAGAAAAGAAAUCCUUCUUUCAAAGGGUCUGUCAGCCUAUGUGGUCAUUCACUUGGGAGUGCAAUCUUCUUUGAUAUCCUGUGUCACCAGCAGAACAAUUCCACCUCUGUUGGGCAGGAUGCCAAGGCAGGACACAGGGCUAAGACGCAGACGGCACUAGGGGGGAUGGAUCUCUACCCACUAGAUUUUGAAUGCGAGGAACUUUUCUGUUUAGGGUCUCCGAUUGCCCUCUUUCAGAUGCUAAAAGGGAAAACCAUUGCUGGGCGGUCUACACUGGGUUCUAAGAAUGGUGGAAACACCAUUGAUAUCCAAAGCCCGGCUGAAAUUGUGCACCGGCCCUCUGCUCCACGUCAUUCUGUUAUUCUGGAAGGGGACCUGAACGACAUAUCCCCCACUGUGUCUUCUCCAAAUUGUCGACGGCUAUAUAACAUUUUCCAUCCAUCUGAUCCGGUAAGCUAUCGUAUUGAGCCACUCAUAUCACCCGCAAUGGCGGCACUCAAACCACAACCUUUGCCUUCAGUCAAAAAGAGCCUCUGGACUGCCUCGGGCCAAAGUCUUUCGGUAAUCGGAACUCGGGUGGGCCAAAGUGUGGGAUCUUUAUGGACGAACUUUACAUCAGGUGUCGCUAGUAGUUUGCUGAACCGCAGCCUGGGGCUGGGUUCAGAAGACGCUCAUCAGACUUCGACGAAUGUCAAUUCGCAACCACAGCAGACGCAACCACCACCAAUCACCGAUUUGGCUCGCGAGAAACAGAGUCACCCUGCUUCCAAUACCAGUGACCAGCAGGAAGAUGAUAACACUUUGGAGACAUCUGUGGAUCAAGAAUUUGAAACUCUUUAUUGCCGCUUCCAGGAUUUGAGGAGCGGCCACAGAAGGGGGGAUUCGCAGCCCUGUACAGUUGAAGGCACUGCAGAUUCUCAGGAGAUGGAUGAUCGUGCAAGAAAAUUAAAAAUCGAAGAUGCCAAAGUGAGGGCACUGAAUUCAAAUGGACGAGUGGACUAUAGCCUGCAGGAGGGUACUUUUGACAUUUCCUUAAUUGCCAGCAUUGCGAGCCAUCUCUCUUACUGGGCUGAUGAAGAUGUCAAUCAUUUCAUGCUCUCGCAGAUGUUGUCCCGGAAAAAUUGGAAUAAGAAUACAAAGCAAGCAUCCAAGGAAUGAAGAUCUCUCAUAGCCCCAUUUUAUAGCCACACUUACUGUGUCUUGUUUCUUUUUGAUGCCCAUCUGUGGAUACUGCUGAAUAAUACUAUAGUGGCUCAGUUCUGCUACUGUAAGGGCUAUGGCGGUGAUGGCGUGAAGAGGUAAUCAAUAUACGGUGAAUGCAAGUGCGAUAGUAAGGAAGCAAAUGUAGGGUCCUUGUUGCUUAAGAACUAACCGCUGACUUCGUUAUGGUGUUGCGAAGUUCAGCUCCUAAGUGCUAUGUACACGUGAUCUUGUGUGGCCAGAGGCUGCUGUCUUCUCAGCCUUACAGUUGCAUUCAAUACUAUUUUAAAGCAUCUCUGGAAUGCUCAAACAAUAUGUAUUUUGUCACUGCAAAAUCUAGGUAUAUGGCUUCGUUGAUUAUUUACUGUGAGUAGCCAGCAAAGCAAUAUUUGCUUACUCUUCCUGUUGUUUGCAUGUAGCCAUGUACAGCAAAUACUGCAAUGCAAUAUUACACGUCCAUGAUACCAUUGCAAUUAACACUACCAAUACACUGUAUAAUAUGUAUCAUAGGCUUGGAAUCGGCCAACUUGUCGGCCCUCCCUCGUAGAACCCGUAUGGAGUAGACUGUUAAGCGCCCCUUACACUUCGAGAGACUACAAGGUCACCACUUUCAACGCCUGUAAAAGAAGCGAAAAGACUAAUCCUCUAGCUAUAGGCUCAACCUGGAGGCAGUCAAAAAUCCUCUCCAGCGCUUCCCGGCUGGCGGUAGCACCCAUGACACUUAUAACAGCUUGAGGCAGUCCUUUUUGAACAAAAAUUUUCCGUGCAGUUUCCCUCAGACGUUUCUUCUCCGCAUCGGUUCGAGCUGAGGGAGGGAGGUCACAGUCUGCCUGGGUUGGGAAAACAGUCUCGCAGAGUUUUACCAGAUAUCCCCCAAGGGCUUCGUCCGAUGUGUGGGUAUCUAUCAUUGAAUUCUGUAGCAGAACGCGAAUCGUCUCUAAAUGCGGACUCCCAGGGCGUAGGAUAUAUGACUUUGCAGCGUUAAGAAUAGUUCGGCGUAUGUUCCAGGCAGAUGACGAAGAAUAUAAUUCAUUGAUAACAGCGAAUAUUAGUUCCACGGCUAUUUGCGUCUCUUCACGCGUUAUAGGGCUAUUCAGCGUCUGUUCAGCGUCCCCUGCGCCAGUCGGGGCACAUAAAACUUCGGCUUUGGUCCCAAAAGAAGGCGAAUGCGAUGGGAUGUCCUCCUGUGUCUCACUUUCUCCAGGAGCUUGAAAAGGAUCGGGCUCCUCCAGAGUCGCAUUAGAACCAAUGUCUCGCACGGCUUCUUCAUCAAGCAUCUCCAAGGUUCUCCCGCGGUCAGAGGAUCGGUUUGGCUGUUCCUCUCUGGGAGUCCCAGUAUCGCUUGAAGUAUUGUCAAAGUGAGAGUUAAAACAAGAGUCUUGAAAGCCAUCGGUAAUGGGUGACGAUGAUGAAAGGUUUUUGGUGUCUCUAUCAAGCACAACUGUUUUGUGGUGCUGUAGGUCUUUUAAUCCAGCAUGAGACUUUUCGCUUGGUGCGGGAGAGUUCCUGGAACUUUGGCUGUUACUACCUGCGCUUUGGGAGAAAGGCUUUUUGCCAGUGCCAGCUACGCUUCCAAAUACUCCAGACACUCCAUCCAGGACAGCUUUGCUCCCCCCAGCAACCCCUUUAGGAGCGCUAGUCAAAACAUCAAGAACACUCUUUCCGACAUUCUCGAAUGCAUUUUGACUGGGAAAUAGAAACCCAGAUUUUGUCGACGCCCCUGUAGAUCCAACAGCAAGACUCUCGUCCUUUUCCAGAAAUCUCUUCAUCUUCCCGCUUUCUGCGAACAGCUCGUAUUGAAGAGCGUCCUGCAAAUAUCUCUCUAAGCUCCGGGCCAAAGCAUGUUUCGCUUGGCCUUUCCAUGGAGGCAAUAUAGGGUAGCGAUCCGAAAAGCCAUGGAUUCUGUUUAACCUUGAAAUAAUGGCCAAUGUUUCAUGAAGAGAUUCGAAAUCAGCAUAUUUCCUGAAAACCAUCCAGCCAGAACGAUUGGAUGACAUUGGUUCAAUUUGUAGCAGGUAGUCCCAAGAGGGUUUUGACCGGAUUAUUCCUUUUUCUCCAGGUUCAGAACCAUCAUCGACUGAUACGCUGGCACCGAAAAGAGUCAGCGGUGAGGUUCCAUGACUCACGAGCGAUCUCAACUGGGAUUCUUCGGCAGGCGCAGACCGAAUCUGUGACAGCCUUGCAUCUACCGGUUCUGGGCGCUUAUCAGAAACAAAAUUCGAACGAGUGGUUGUUUGUUUUGUGAUCCUAUUCUCAUUGUUGUUCCUUAGCAUGCUAAUAGAGCAACCAACAGCCUCAGUUUCCGAAAGUGGUUGCGUGGCCACUGGAAUUGAAUUUGAAGACAGCACUGAUAUUCGGCGGCUGUCGCGCAGUCCUUGCGUUGAAUCUUGCCUGAGAGCAUCCUGAGCUGGGAUCAUGUCGCUUAGUCGUCUGGUUUCAAUUGUGGCAACAUCUGCUGUCUUAUCCUUAUGGUCCGGACUUUCUGGCUUCGAAGAAGACUGUUUAUCAAACCCAUUGUCCUUUCCCAGAAGUGACGUCAGAUUGCUUGUGCCAUUGGCCGUAUUUGAUAUGGCCGCGCUUUGGUUUCGAGCUCCUUCCACGCCAGCAUCAAUAGCGUUCAUUAUCUCGGAUUCUCCAUCUCUGAGGAUAUAAAUGAUCCAGCUGUUGAUAGACUCUGGCCUUGAGAGACUGGAGAUUGUAGUCUCAAGGACAGCGCCAGAGAAAAUCUCACGAAGAAAAUCCUUCAAUAUAUAACAUCCCGAGACAUUCGGGUCUAGGAAAUUGGAUAAUAUAUCGUUUGCGGCAACGUCAAGCUUCUUUCGCUGCUGCUCGAAUUCUAAAACAUUGGCUAGGUUACUAUCCGGGAAGAGUUCUAAGUACCUUUUGAUAGUAUAUUCCGGUGACGUAGAGUUCCCAAAGCAUUCGAACGCUUCCGAGAAUUCGUGAAGAAAUAUAAUAAGGAUAGACGAUGAGUUCGUGAGAAAUUGCAGGAAUGCAUCUGCCGUCCGCUUCCGGGAAAGAUGUGAUGAUACAGAAGUAAUGAAGUGAGUCAAUGUCUUUUGGCAGGAGAGAGGAAAUGUUGGCUCGGAAGGUAAGAUUUGCC